ACGAUUUCAAGUGUAGCGCGCGCGAAUUUCAAAUUUCACAGUGCUUGCACGUAAAUCGGUGAAGAUACUCGCAAGUACUAAUUGGCGGUCAAUUUGAAAUGUAAAGAAAGAAGGAAUGCCUUGUGGAAUCGUGUAUUUGGAAACGUCUCGAGUGACGAGCAAUGACGAAAAGUGAAGACAAGUGCGAUGUGAUGAGCUCAUGCAAAUUCUCAGCUUUUUAAUUUGAUUUAAUAGGUGUGAUUGCUGGUGUUGAUGUUGAGUUAUUCAGUUCAGUGGGGAAUUAUUUGGACGAUUUAGUGUAUACGUUAUUGGAUAUUGUUAACCCGUGAAUGUUCUAUUUGCUUUGAUACCGAAGUAUUCCAAUUUCUAUAAUGAAUUGCAUUAAUGAGGUACAUACGUGCAUGAUUAAUUGUUGGUAAACACUUCGAGCGACGGGACCUGCAUUACGUCUGCAACGCGUAUCACCUGUUGAUUAUCCGUAAAAGAAAUUAAUCGCGCACAUGCAUGGUGUUCAAUUAAAUUCCGUAUUUCGCUUUUCUGAUUAUUGUGAAAGUGACGAAGACACACGAAGGAGGAUAGGAGCAAGGCUAGUUAAUUGAGUAAUAAACGAGACAUACACACGUACGUGAUCCUGCACAGGAAGCUUCAAUUACAGAAUCUUAUCUAAGCUCUGGGCAUUUAUCAACAUUAAGUAUUUCCCGCAUUCCUGGUCAUCUUACUCCAACGAGAAUGCUGUGCAGUGAGUUUCAUGCUUUCAGGAAGGUAAGGACUAUCGCCCCAAACAUUCAUCAUCAACGAUAAAUGGCCAAUCAACUGAAGCGGUUUCUAGGAAACGUAAAAUUACAAUCAACAGCGCCAAGAGGAGCAGUAACAUCGUUUGCAAUGCCAUUCUCAGUUGCCACCAGUAUUACCAACUUGACUUCAUUCUACACGUUUCGCAUCCUACCACCAACACGCAAACUUCUCGUCCUUUUUCCUGCCAAGAACUAUACGUGAAGGCACAUAGAAAUUGCAUACUUAUCGACGGGAAAAAAUGACGCGCUCGUAACGGUUCCGUGACGAUAUUAGUGGAAACCACAAGUGCAGUGUCCUUAAUGUAAAUAUAAUGCUCUGGCAGGAAGUGGCUCUGUGCACUGAAAAGCAAAAGGACAACAAUGGCAUAUAAACUCGGUUCGAUCCGCGCGUACACUGAAUACAUAGCAAUAUUAAAUAGUAUUUACGCUUAAUGGAAUUCAAUUUGAAUGAAAACGUGCGCCUGAAUACUUACUACCCCUAACGGAAGCAGGGUGUGCCCGAACUGUUGCGAAUCAAUUUCUCGCGCCUUUUCUUCCCGCAACGGCGACUCGACGGCAAAAGACGCAGCUUAGCGUGAAAAAAUGUCCGAAUAUCGCUUUAUCGCAUAUUCAGACUUCGAAAUCACCAAUAAUUCCACGGCUCUACAAUUACCAUUUGAGCUUUACAUUCCCACGAAAAGGACGUCCACGGAGGAACUCUCCACUGAACUCAAUGUUCCUUAUACCGUUUUCGAAAUCCUUGUAGCGGUCAUUGCGAUCAUAGGAAAUUUAAUGGUGAUUAUAGUGUUUCAGAGAGAUAGAAAGUUACGAAGGCGAACUAAUUACUAUAUAGUGUCCUUGGCGAUUGCGGACUUUCUAGUCGGUCUACUUGGUGUUCCUUUCGCGAUAUUAGCGUCGGUCGGAUUGCCAACUAAUUUGCAUGCAUGCCUUUUUACGGUCUCGCUACUUGUGGUGCUUUGUACGAUCUCCAUAUUCUGCUUAGUGGCCGUGUCAAUUGAUCGAUAUUGGGCUAUACUACAUCCUAUGGCUUAUUCGAGGAAUGUAAGGACGAAAACAGCAAUAGGUAUCAUAAGCAUGUGCUGGGUAGCUGGAAGCAUAGUUGGCUUUUUACCACUGUUCGGAUGGCAUGCUGGAACCGAAGCGAACGCAGUUUGUCUUUUUGUAAAAGUUAUGGACUACAACUAUUUGGUGUUCCUAUAUUUUGCAACAAUAAUUACGCCAGCUAUUUUAAUGUUAGCCUUUUAUGCUCAUAUUUAUCGAGUGAUUAUCAGACAGGUACGACAAAUAGUCACUAUGAAUCCUGUAGGCGAUAACAGUCGGCGCACGUCCACUUCACAUAUCCGAAUAACACCGCACCGGACUCAUGGCGGAACAAUGCUUCGGGUCCUUGGUGCAGCCCGAAAGCGAGAAGUGAAAGCUACCCAGAAUCUCUCCAUAAUUGUUUUAUUUUUUAUGAUUUGUUGGAUCCCAUUGUAUACUAUCAACUGUAUCAAAGCGUUUUGCCCUGACUGUUAUGUGCAUCCAAAGCUAACGUUCUUCUGCAUCAUCCUCUCCCAUCUUAAUUCUGCAGUGAAUCCUGUGUUAUACGCGUACCAUCUGAAAGAUUUUCGGGCAGCGCUCAAAAACCUAAUAUUGAAGAUAUUGGGGGUUGAGAUAGACCAAACAGUCGAUUUGAAUUAUAGAGUGUCCUUAGCUAGUCAGCAGCGGUUACAAUCGAUUAUUGACAAGCGAUCUUCACUCCAAAAUAGAAUCUACAUAGAUUCACCGGUCUGGCUGCGACAACAACAGCAACAGCAAGCAGCCAAAAGUCCGUCAGCAAUUACAUGCAGUUUGAACAGUGUUCACCAAACAGUAUCCGCCGUCGCGUCGGCAACUGCUGAAGUUAAUAAGGAUAUCUGGAAGAUCGCUGAAGCACCGAGCGGCGCUGAGGAGAGUAGCAAAUGCAACCAAUCUAAGGAAAGCACGCCAUCAAGUAAUUCUCCCACCGAUAGCUUGAAACCGUCCGAAACAAACGACAUGCAGUACGCUUUCGAUAAUCAAGAAUUCUCAUCUAGCUUAAACGAUUACAUAGACGACGAAGUCUUCCUGCCCUCGACCCAGGCAGUCAUCAAAAUGUCUGAUGACCUCCCUGGUCCGUGUCUACAUGACAAGCUCGGAACUGAGCCUGAUCAAUUCGACUACUACAAUAAAUCGCUCCCAAUAAGCGAUUCAUUCAGUGAUUACGAAAAUCUCCAAAUAGCACAAAAUAAGUCCCAAAAUCCUAUAUCCAGUGAAACCACGAGUAUUCAGAGUUACACAACUACCCGAAACGGGAGCAUACAGAGCGAAAAGAGUGACUUCAACUCACUCCGUCAGUCUGUCGGACAACUGAGCAACUCCGUAUUUGUAAUUGAGAACGAUAGAAACCCAUUAUCUCCGGUCCAUCGACCCCGAAUACGAAAGACUUCAAAAAUCUCCUCACCAUUUGGAUCUCUCUCAUCCUCGAACAAAAUGCAACGAUCAACAAGUUGCAGCAAUGGCAGCGAAUUGACGAAUAACAAUCACAUCGAGAAAUUCAGUCCAUUGAAAGUAGUUAGUCAUCUCAUUUUUCCGCCCGUGAAGCAUUCGAGCCUCUUCCACAUAUUCGACUACCACAAGGACAGUGACCACUCCUUUGGGAAGAAGCGAACUUCUUCGGAUAGCUAAUAGUAGGUUCUAAGGUCUACCUAAGAUGAGUAUCGUAAGUUGUGCGACAGAUAAAUAACCGAUCAAGUCUCAAUUUGAACUCGAAAAUGUUUGAAGCCGACAAAGAAGUGCCAUAGGAAGGAAGGACGAACUGGCGAAGGUCCAGAGAAAUCGGAACAAAACUAAAAUUCAAAACAAUUAAUUUCCCCAUUCCCACUUUCCGCAACUCAAUUAAAACAAAAUAAACUAAGACAAAUACACAGGCUUCAAAUAUCUUAAGGUUUCCAGAUAAGCUAAGCAAAUAUUUAUUGUUCAACAAUAAAACUAAUAAAAUAUUUAUGAAAUUAUAAAAAAGACAUUAAAAUAAUCCUGUGAUUACUACAAUUCAUUUCGGGGUAGUUGCGAAAUGAUGUAAGAUACAACAACGUGCAUUGCGUAGAGGAUCAGAUUGAAAAACUAUUUAUCGAACUAUUUUUUAUUUAUAAUAAAAAAUAUUCUUCAAAAUGCUAUUUAUUGUAGGAGAUGUGCUCAAAACGAUCACAAUAUUGUAAAUAAGGAUUGUAUUUAUUUAUUGUUAUCGUACAUUUAGGCUAAGAAUAAAAACCAUAAAUAUCAUGUGUA